AUGGUGCAGGACCAGUCUUUGAGUAUUGUGGCUGUCUCCUGGACACUGGGCAGCCUCUGCAUUGUGAUUGUCGGAGUCCGACUUUACACUCGCACCUUUGUGACCCGUCAGCUGGGUUGGGAUGAUUUUUUCAUCGCUCUUUCCUUGUUAAGUGCCAUUGUCUGUUCAGCCCUUGCACAGGUUGCGGUUUACUACGGGCUGGGGAUGCAUACAAGCGACAUCAGCGACCCCGAUCAUCGCGUCCAGGCCGCCAAGUACACGGUGAUUGCUCCCAACUUCUCUGUGGUUAUGGUUUCAAUCAUAUGGAAUGUCUUCGCCAUCAUCGUCAUCAUUGGCUUUUGUCGGCCAGCGAAGAAGAUUUGGCUGCCCGACACGCCAGGUUCUUGCUUUUCACUGAAGUUGCAGCUUGUAGGUGGGACGUCACAAGCAGGUCAGAAACCAAUCCUAGGUACAGAUGUCUUGAUGCUGACACUGGCCUUGGUCAGCAUUCAACGCCUUCGCCGACCUCUCGCUUGCGAUCUUCCCAGUUUGGAUCUUUCGAAAGGUUCAGCUGGCCAGUGCGGCGGCGGCAACACUCGUGAAAUGCAUUCUCCUGAAAAGCUUACCGGAGCAUGCGGAUAUAACAUGGUCCUGGGCCCCGAUCACAACAUGGUACUCAUGUACGUGAUCAUCAUCUGCGCAACCCUGCCAACCCUACCGCAAGCCUACGUCGCCAUCUUCCACAGACGCCCCUCCUACUACGACUCCUCCACCCACCGCAGCGGAAAAUCCGAGCCGAAGCCUCCUCCCAUCCGCCUCCGACGAUUGCCAGACGCCUCGCUGUUUGAGACAGUGGCUGCGGAGGAACGGGGCUCGAGCCAAGAGAAUAUUCUGGACCAGGAUGGGAUGAGGAUCCAGAAGGCGACAGAGGUGCGUAUUGUUGAAGAGAGCAGAGACGAGGCGGAGGCGGAGGACGGUCAUGAUAGGAAGUAUUUCCCUAGGCAGAAUCCUUUUAGAGGCUCGAAGGGUGUGCCGUUGUAG